AUGAAGAACACGAAUUACUCAAAUCGCAUGGACGGCAACAUGAUAUCUACAUCUACACAGCACUCGAGAAUGGCCCAAAAAGCUCCGGAUGCUCAGGUAUAUCAGUCACAGUAUCAUCAACCAAGUGAUUGUAUCAAUCCUCGCGAUACCUUUUUAUACGAACAUGAUGAAUGGUCAGGUCUAUUCCAAGGAUCUCCGUCCGAGAUUACUCAAUCACAAGACCAACAGCUUUCACAACAACCAUCUGCAGGUGCUCAGUCUCCUUUCAAUAAUGCCGGCGAUGCAAAUUAUUCGAUGGAUAGAUUGCCUAAUGGUGAUCAUUUCGGUGGAUCUUAUACAGAAAUGCUGGACUUAGAUGCAGAAGCAGCAGAUCCUUACUUUGGGGUCCAUGUCUGGUCGGGAGUAGACCCACAACUAGCGAUACAACAGCCGGUGAUUGAACAAGAUCAAACUGUCCAACUUGAAGUCACAGAGCCUCAAGUCGGCGAGGGUAACGUCGAAGGUCCUAUGUUCAUGCACAAUAACUUGUCGAAUUCGGAAACAUCCAAAAAUGCCAACCCCAAUCUUGGUUCCAUGGAUGCGCAAGAUGAACGUCCAGCAUUGCUUUUUGAGUUAAGCGGUGAUGGGGACGCCUUGCCCACUCAAGCACAGACUGCCCAGACUGGUCAUGCACCCGAUCUUCCCAUGAUUGUUAACAUACACAACAGCUAUAAUACUACUAUUGGACACCAGGGACAGGGUAAUAACAGUAGUUUUAAUUUCGGAAACCAAGGACGAUUGAAUCCAGCUUUUUUCGAUUCAAACACACAGAACACGCAGUAUGGUAGCAGUACUUUUGGUCAAGUAAGAAAUGGACUAGGAUUAGACCCAACCGCUGCAACACCUCAAAUUCCUGGCUACUAUCCAGGAAUGACAGAUCCAACUCAACCUGGAAUCAACAACCUUGCGACCAACUCCCAAUAUCCUGAGCAUAUUACAGGUCCAGAUAGCGGUCCUCAACACGGUAGCGAACUCCCUGCUACCCGAAAACGCACCCACGAUAGUCCUCAACAAGACAGUCCCCCUCCUGUCCGCAGAAAGCGAACUCGCAAGAAUGGUACAAAAGACAACCAGCCUCAAAGUGUUAGUCAGAACAUUGUCCCAGACGAACAUAUGCACAUGCAGGCGCCUGACGAUUUUGGAUCUACGCAGCUACAGAUGCUUCCCCAGCAGACACAUGGUGGAGACUUCCUUGAUACAAAUCGAGAAUAUCUUCCAUUAUCUGAGCUCCGACCAGAGUUCCUAGAUAAUGGCCUGGUUUUGUCGCCAAAUAGAGUUGAUAGCACCACUCUGAGCAGCACAAGACGCCAAACUAGACAAAGUAUCAAUCCAGGCAAUGAAAGUCCAGCCUCUCUCAAUGCCAAUCUAGGCGGUGCAGUUCCAGGAGCUCAGAAAGCUGGUGCAAAACGCAAAAAUAAUGGCGGUAAAAAGAGAUCAGGUAAGAAUAGUAAACGCCUUGCUUGGGAAGAUCGUCUCGAAUCUCAACGUCCUCGAGUCUGGAUGAUGGAGUAUGAGAUAGAGGAUAUAGAGCCCGAAUAUGAAGAAAAUCCUCGAAAAGCAUAUCAGGAUAUGGACAAUCCAAAGAAGGGCAUGAACAACCGUCAGAAGGCUAGAGACGAGGAAGAAAAACGCAAAAAGAUGUGCAAGCCGGAAGAAUAUGUCCCAAAGUUCAUUCCCUGUGACUACAAGCCCAAAGCACGACUCCAAAAGUUCUACGAUGCUUGGCUCCAAGCUAAGAAGGAGGGUGACGCAUCGGAUCCCUGGAUGAAUAGACAAAGACGGACUGCUGAUAAUGGAAUUUAUAAGCCGAAGCAAAAUUCAUUGCCAAUGGGCGGUGGUGGUGGUAGUCAGAUACUGGGACUUGAUGAUCAUGCGCAGUCACCUACUAGGGCAUUGAGACAUAAGGUUUUCAAGAGCAUGAAGGAGGCUGGCGGAAAAGUCCUCAGGACACUCACUCGAAGUCCUAGGCCUAGACCACAACCAACUUUCAACAUGUCAAACGUCCAUGGUGCAGAGUUUGCCGAUGCGACCUCAACGGACAGGAGUAAUGAAAACUUCGAUCAGUUCAACGCGACUGAACCAAACCCCGAGCAGUAUACCCAUAGUGAAGUAUGGACCGGGUCUCAACAAACGUUCAAUGGUAUGUUUCGAAAGGCAAAUGAUCAUCUUGCAGACGCAUCUAAUAUUGUGCUAGAUCCCACCGGUACUUCCAACAACUCGAUAAUUCGCGGUCCCGAUUCCUCAUCUCCUGUCACGGCAACAUACCCACGUUCAUAUCCUCAAAUUGACCAGCAAGAUACCACGGAGAUGCACACGGUCGAUGUCACAAAUCCCAGUCAAAUUUUGAGGACGCAAGAGGACUUCGACAGAUUCAUCAACGGACCAAUCCCUGAACUCAGCACUGAGCAAGUAAAGUUAUUGGAAGCCAUGGAUUUUACUGUUUCAAACUUCAGCCUCACAAAUUGUCUAGAUGAAGCAGAUUUGGGAGUGGCUGUCUCUCAAGAUGCCCCAACAACUGGAUAUUCACAGAGCAUAAACACCUCUCAUAGAUCGCAACAUGGUACAGACAAUUCGGUUUUGCUGCAGAAUGGCAUGGCUUAUGGUCGUUCUCCACCGCAAAAUGAUGGGAUAAUGCAAAAUCCAAUGACACUGACUCGAGAUAAAUCAGGUGGUAAAUAUCCUUCUCAAUACCAGGAAGGUUACCAAGCUGCGCUGUACUCCGACCCGUCGUCACACAUGUACACCAAUGAGCAAACUGCUGGUAUUUAUCAGGCAUCCGAGUCUGGACCAUCUACCGGCCUUCGCCAAUCAGCACAUACAAUGGCCCUCGAGCAGCCAGCUACUUCUCAGAGCUUAGCGGGGGCAGCACAAAAUGUAUUCAAGCACAAUAACCCACGAUACCCCCCGACGGUGUAUGAGGGCUAUAAUGGAGGCGGACCGUCGCAGGCUAAUGGUGCUUACACAUAUCCUGAUCCACCAUAUGGUAACUUCAAAGAGGUCGAACCGUCACAGCUCAGUGAUUCACAUCAAAGCUUCGCCCUGGAAAAUACAGGGAACAACCAUAACUUCAGAGCCGGCAUGGAACUACAACAGGUACAAAACGACCCGAUAAACGCAAGCGUUGCUCAAACUGAGAAUGUUAUGUCCAACAAUGAUGAGAUCGACGAAAGCGAGGAAGAUACUCAGGUUGUCAACGAUCCACGUGAUUGGAGAAAGCGGCCCGACUAUGUCAAACCAAGAAUACGCAUGACUGAAGAGGAGUAUCAAUGGCUGCGGCCGAAUGCACCAGCACGGGAAGUUUUUGUAACUGCAAAAAAGAACGCCGAUGAGAAGAGAAGAAAAGAGGAGGCCAAGGCUGAUGAGAUGGAAAAGGCGGGCAAGCCCAGGCCCAAACCUAAACCGCAGAAACCCAUCAAGGGCGGGGUGCAUGUUUCUGUUGAGGAAAAAGAGAGGUUUUACAAUCGCCGUCGUGACCUUAGUAUGGUGGGUCGAUCGUUGUUGACUUUGAAACCCCAACUUCGUGGAAAGAGAAAGAGACGUGAUGUAUCGGGAUCGAUGAAGUCAAAGCCAGAGUCGAAGAAACAGAGGCUACCAGGGAGCGGCGAAAAUGGCUCUAGUCGGGAGAAUAAUGCUGCGCAGACAAUGCAGGAGACACGUGCAAGAGCGAGCAUCACAGCCAACACAUAUGCUGAUUUCUCCCAAGCAUCAGCUGGACAGCAAGCGGACCAAGGAGUAGUCAACGGUGAAUUGGGAUAUAGUGCCGGCCCAAUGUCUGGAAGGGGCGGUGCUUAUCAUUCAAUGACGAACGGUAGAGGCUCUGAGCGAUACACAGGAAACUUUCAGUAUGACUACAACGAGAAUCUGGCAAUGCAGAGCAGUCAGUCAGGACCAACACCUAGAUAUACGGGAAGCAGAAGCCGUGUACAGUCACCACCACCUAUGGGACCCGAGCAGAACAGCAUGAGUUCUAGCCUCCACCCUUCUGGCCGUGCCAAUCCAUUCGGCAUAGGACUCGAUGGUCUCGAUGGUCUCGACGCAAUUUACGAAUUCAAUCGCACCCAUACAACAGUUGCAACUGGCGGUAAUGAACCCCCAUCAUUGUUUGACAGCCAGGAUGGGCAAGUACCUAGAUUAACUUCUCCCGUCCAUGUCUCUAAUCAAAGCGGAGGAGGUCAGCAAAUUCCUAACAGCUUGAUUGAUCCAAUGUUGCUACCUCAGGCUCAGGUUUCGGCGUCUAGAGGAACCGAGGCACCGAAAAGGGGUCGUGUUGAUGACGAUGAGGACGCAAAUGCCGAAGAAACUCGUGGGAAGAGAAGAAGAGACAAUUGA